CUGUUGUUGAUCGAUUAGUGCCAAACCCUCGCAGCAAUGGAUCGAAUCGAAUCAAAUCGUCCCAAACGCCGUCCUUCCUCUGCCCCUCCUACCCCCUCCUCCUUUGCCCCUCUUCCUGAUGCCGCCGGAUUCCGCCGCCCGACUCCGCAGCAACUCCUGUCCUCCUAGGGGUGCCGCCGCUGGAACUCGCUGAGGCCCGCCCCUCUCCUCCUCGGUCCCUUUGUUGGCUUGAUCCGUUUGUCCGUAUCUUAUUUUUACAUCCGUGCGGUGGGAUCUUCCUUCUGGGAGAUGGUGGACUCGGUGAAUGUGGUGUUGGAGUUUCUGAGAAGGAAUCAGUUCACGAAUGCAGAAGCUGCUCUGCGAGGGGAGCUGAAUGCACGGCCAGACUUGAAUGGAUUCCUUCAAAAGCAUCUCGCUGAGGAGAAAGAAGAAGCAGGAAAAACAAUUGGAGAAGUUGAUAGUGUGAGGAAGCAAAGUAUGAAUAGCGUCGGAACUUCUAAAGAGUUCAUUGUCAAGGAAAUUGAAGUAGGAGCAACUGGUAACAGGUUCAGCAGCAAGAAAUGUGUUGGUUUUGGUCAGGAUAGGGAUAGUAGCUCUGUAGAUCUUUACCCUUGGAAUUUUGGUUCUAAUAGCAGUAAUCCGAAUUCAUGUUUGAAAGACACUGGUGCCAUUAUCGACACCUUUACUGACCUCUUGUUAUCAGAAGAGCCGAAGCACUGUCGUGAUUCUUUUGUGGUAGAAAAGAGGGAUCGUGCGGUUGGCACUGAACCUGAGCAUGCUGAAAAGCCAACAAGUUCUUAUGCUGGGAAAAGAGAUAAAGAUGACUUUGUUGGAAUGAAGCCUGAGAUCAACCAGUCUGGACUUCGCAAGGAUAUAAAUGCUUAUUCUCAAGACCAUUUUGUUAACGACUUGUGGCUGAAAAAUGGGGACUCUCUGAAGGAGGGAUGCUCUGUGAAGACAGUUUUUCCCUUUCCAAUGGACAAUGCCUCAUCCAGUUAUGGCGGAUCAUUUAGCAAAAAAAAGGAGUUAAAACAUAUAGAUAAUAACAAUGACGUUAGAGAAUCAAAAAAUGAACAGCGUGAUGAUAUGAGAAGGUCAUACAUCUCUGGGAAGUCUCAAGAAUGUGCUCAGCCAACAAGUUGCGAGAGAUUUGAUUUACCAGUUAUUGGUGAAAAUCACUGCGAAGAGCUACCUAGGCUGCCUCCUGUAAAACUUAAGUCCCAAGACAAAUUAAUCAAUUCUAAGUUGGAGGAUAAGGUCGAUCAGCAUGGAUCAGCAACAGAGUUAUCCAAUGUUGAUAAUACUUUUAUUAUCGGAUCAUUCCUCGAUGUUCCUAUCGGGCAAGAGAUCAACUCUUCAGGUGGAAGGCGAACAAUUGGAAGUAGUUGGCUCUCUGUAAGUCAAGGAAUUGCUGAGGACACUUCUGAUUUGGUAUCUGGUUUUGCAACUAUUGGUGAUGAAUCUAUUGACUACCCAAAUGAGUAUUGGGAUUCUGAUGAAUAUGAAGAUGAUGAUGAUGUUGGCUAUACGAGACAGCCAAUUGAAGAUGAAACUUGGUUUCUAGCACAUGAAAUUGAUUAUCCAAGCGACAAUGAGAAAGGAAUGGGUAAUCAUCAGAACCAGGCACCUAGAAAGGAUGAAGAUGAUGAUCGUUCUUUUGCUGAGGAAGAUUCAUACUUGUCGGGUGAACAAUAUUUUGAGACUAAAAAUGUUGAACAAGUUGCUAUUAUGAAGGGACCAAUGGGUCAUAAGAUGCUAGGAGUAUAUGGUGGAGCAGAUGAAAAUGAUUUAAUAGCUCACUAUGAUGGGCAAUUAAUGGAUGCUGAAGAACUAAGUUUGAUGCAUUCAGAACCUGUUUGGAAAGGUUUUGUCACACAAAAUAAUGAACUAAUGAUGUUAGAGAAUGACAAAUUCCCUAACGAGGUUAGCCAAAGCCGUCGGGAGAGUUCACAUAUAGAAGAUGACCAACAUGGUUCAGUUAGAUCAAUAGGUGUGGGCAUUAAUAGUGAUGCUGCUGAUGUAGGCAGUGAAGUUCGUGACAGCUUGGUUGGGGAAAGUAGUGAAGGGGACCUAGAAUUCUUUCCUCACCAUGAUGUCACUGCCAGAAGGUGUCCUCAAGGCAAUACAAUUGAUAUAAAUUUGAGUAGGUCAAAGAAGGAAAAGAUGAGGGGAAAUAAACAGGAUAAUUACAUUGUAGCAUAUGAAAAGGAUAUAAACCUGUCAGGAAUGGGAGUUGAUGGUGCUUUUUCCUUCCAGCCUCCUGUGAAAUCUGGAAGUAUGUUGGGGGCUGAUUCUGGCAAAACAUUAUGUUUAGGCAAGCCAAGCGACGUGAUCAUUGAUACAGUUGAUGACUAUGCAAAUGGUCUAGUUACAGAUGAUAUGCUUGCUACUUGGAGGAGAAAAAGUAGCGACUCUUCUCCUGUUAGGAGCUCCAGGGAUGAGAGGACUUCUGGUGCUAGAUCAAGGAAUUCAAGUGCAUCAUCAACGCCAGACUGUUGUUAUGAUGAAACAGGCAAUAUCAGAAAAAGGGGCUGUGAAGCAAAUGAGAUAAGGGAAGAGGAUCCUGGAGAAGCAGUAGAAGAUGAAGAAGUAGCUGCAUUGCAGGAGCAACUAAAACAAAUAAAAGCUCAGGAGGAUGAAUUUGAAAUAUUCUAUCUCAAAAUAGUCCAUAGGAAAAACAGAACUGGCUUUGAAGAAGACAAAAAUUUUCAUGUGGUUCUAAAUUCUGUCAUUGCCGGACGAUAUCAUGUUACUGAAUACUUGGGUUCUGCUGCAUUUAGCAAAGCAAUUCAGGCUCAUGACUUGCACACUGGCAUGGAUGUCUGUGUUAAAAUUAUCAAGAAUAACAAAGAUUUCUUUGAUCAAAGCCUUGAUGAAAUAAAGCUUCUGAAAUUUGUGAACAAGAAUGAUCCUGCUGAUAAAUAUCAUAUUCUACGUCUCUAUGAUUAUUUCUAUUAUAGGGAACACUUGUUGAUAGUUUGUGAACUUCUCAAAGCAAAUUUAUAUGAAUUUCAUAAGUUCAAUAGGGAAUCUGGAGGCGAGGUUUAUUUCACAAUGCCAAGGCUACAGUCCAUUACCAUUCAAUGUCUAGAGGCACUUCAGUUUCUGCAUGGACUUGGUCUUAUUCAUUGUGAUUUGAAGCCUGAGAACAUAUUGGUGAAGAGCUACAGUAGGUGUGAAGUUAAGGUCAUCGACCUUGGCAGUAGUUGUUUUGAAACAGAUCAUUUAUGCUCGUAUGUACAGUCACGAUCUUAUCGUGCACCUGAAGUUAUUUUAGGUCUCUCAUAUGAUAAAAAGAUAGACAUAUGGUCCCUUGGAUGCAUCUUGGCGGAACUUUGCACUGGAAAUGUUCUCUUCCAAAAUGACUCUUCUGCAACAUUACUAGCACGUGUCAUUGGAAUCAUUGGUCCCAUUGAUCAAGGGAUGCUUGCGAAGGGACAUGAUACAUACAAGUAUUUUACAAAGAACCACAUGCUAUAUGAGAGGAACCAGGAAACCAAUCGGCUGGAAUAUUUGAUUCCAAAGAAAACAUCACUACGUCACCGACUGCCAAUGGGUGAUCAAGGUUUCAUUGAUUUUAUUGCACAUCUUCUCGAAGUGAACCCAAAGAAGCGACCAAGCGCUUUGGAGGCACUCAAACAUCCAUGGCUUUUCUAUCCGUAUGAACCAAUAUCAUCUUGAGUUGUUCGUAGAGAAAACUCUGUCAUCAGCUAAUGCACAGAAAUGGUAUCAGACCAGUAGUAUUUAAAACAGCUUCACGAUCCCAGAGUACCUGGAUAAAGCUUCGGUGGAUUCAAGCUUGAAAUCUCAUUCCAAUAUUCCAUCAUCUUGCCUGUUAGUUUCUCUUGUGACAGUAGGAUCCAUCGUCCGCUCUUUGUGAUCGAUCAAGCCCUGUUGUAAUCUUACUCCUUUCAUGAUGUCUUAAAAGAUGAAGUCAGAAUGUAGAGUGAUGGCUUUUGUCCAUGUUCUGUUGUAUAUGAUGUGAUUAUUAUCGAGGCCUAGAAAUGUUGGCAAGUUUUUACUUA